GGAGCUACCUGUACAGUAUUUGGCCAGGCAGGCUCGCUUAGACUGGGUUGUUUCACCACAAAUGUAUCCAGGACCAUGCUAUCUUUUUUCACAGAGCAAUGUAGGCUUCAUCCAGAGUUCAUCUGUUAAGGAUACGUUCCUCAGCAGAAACCCGGCGCAUUGUGACCUUACACAGAGCGCCGAGGACCGCCUGCGAAUUGAAUAUGACUCAACCCUGUUUACCUUGGCUGUGCCCCUCUGCUCGCCGGCGGGAGGUAAUCGUUUCAUAUUCACUGUCAGGCGAUCACAGAAAGGUUCAGCGCACAGCAAGAUCAAAUAGUGGCUUUCAAACAUGCAUAUAUCAUAGACCCUCGCCAUCGUUACGUUCGUUCACCUCUCUCUCCUAACUCUCUUUAGCCAGUUUGUCCUAUGAACUCACCAAAUUCCACAACCAUAUCGUGCGUUCAAUAUAGUUGGGCCAGUAAUUCCCUAGGUCAAAAUCCAUGCGACAUAGCUGAACGACUUAACUCUGUUUGUUCCACCUCCAAUGGGUCGUAUUUCGUCGAGCUGACCUCUGACGAUGAAUACACACUGUCAUCGGAAGAUCAGAAUCCCUGUCUCUGCACCUCUGUGGUUUACAACCUCGUGUCGAUGUGUCGACUAUGUCAAACGGAAAAUGGAAAAAUCUAUCCAACGUGGAGUCAGUGGACGGCAAAUUGCUCCAGUUUGAACGCAGGCUUUCCCUUGGGGUUACCAGGCGGUACUGCAGUACCGGAUUGGGCAUAUCAGGAUGUAUCGGGGACCAAUGCAUUCAACGAAACUCUAGCGGCAGAUGUUGCAACCACAGAUCACUCCGAGUCAUCUAGUUCUACAUCGCCUUCCUCAACGAGUACGACAUCACCAACAAGUUCUUCCGUGGGCGUUCCGAGUGAUAAGGGCAACAGAACCGCCAUAAUAGUUGGGGGAGUUAUCGGUGGACUUGUCGGUCUGGCGCUUUUAGCUGUCGUAAUCUUGUUUUUUAUCAGACGGCGGAGACACUCGAGAAUGGCUCCUUCAACUGCCUAUUUGGAAGCCAAUCGAAGUAAAGAAGAUACCGCUUCACGAGGUAGAUAUGUGCCAGUUGACGGGUCCAAAGCUGAUGUAUAGUGGCUUCCUUUGUCAAUGGGCGGCCGGUAAUCUGAUGAUGUUGUUAAUAGCAAGGGGUUCCGGACUUGCCUUAUAAUAUUGCCAGUGAUGAUAAUUCCUCGUUCUCGUUUGUGGGUCAUUUUCUCUCAUCUCGUUUAAAUGUUAUUUUCUUUACUGAUUCCUGGAUCAGGAUCCCUACGAUCCAUCGUUGAC